AUGCUGCAUGACCACCAGACCCCCUCGGUGACUGUUUUGGAGCCCCUGCCUUCACUUAACGCAAAUGCGCCUGCCACCCCCUCACCGCUGCCCACCACUGCUCAUCCAAUCACCGGCCGUUAUCCCUGCUCCUAUCCUACCUGCGCUCAAGACUUCAAGCGCCCAUCAGAUCGUCUUCGACAUAUCUCGUCAGUUCAUCAACGCGGCAAGACAACUCAAGGAAAGAACCUCUGCCCUACUGUUGGAUGUCGUCGAAGCUACGGGAGAGGACUUUGUCGUUCAGACAAAGUCAAUGACCAUUUGAAAAAGGUUCAUGGUCUUGUUAGAGUUGCUCCAAAUGGUACUUCUGCUUCUGCUGGCCCUUCUGUCAAUGGUACUGGUGACAGUUUCAAUGUCGCUGGCGGAGCUACUGCUUUGGCCAGAAAUGGGAAUUGA